UUUGUUCUAUGUUUUUAUGCACUAGUUUUACAAACUAACAGGCGAAAUCUUAUACACUUUUUUCUUCUCCUCAGAGUCUCACUUUCAGAGACAAGAUGAAUUUAAAGAAUAAGGAUAAAACUGAAGACAAUUUAAUGAGUAAAUACAAUCUACUAUUGAAUAUGGUUCGCUUAUUGAAUGCUAACCCAUUAUUAAUGCUUUAUAGUCCACAAACACGAUCAAGUUCAGAUGCUCAAAAGGCUACAUUCGAUUUAAUGAAUGGUUUAAUGUCUUUAAUACAACAAUCCAUUAUGUCUGACUUAGCCCAAGAAGCUAUGGAUGCUUUACUGUGUCUUCAUCAACCAGCCAACAUUAGAUUAUGGAAUUUACAUUCACCAGCACAAGCAUUUUGGGAGAUAAGUCCACAGUUGUUAUAUAGUAUUGCUCAAAAAUUAAUCAAUCGUAAUAUACCUAAUUCCUGCGAUGUUUUAAAGUGGUUAAGAGAAAUACUUGUCUGUCGUAUAAAAUUUCUUCAACAACACUGUGAUUAUGCAAAUGUAUCCGGCUGUUGUACACUUGGCUUAUUAACGUCUGGUUUAUCAUCAGUUGGUGGAGAUAACAAUUCAAGUAAUAUUAGUGGUAGUAGUAGUAAUAACAACACAGUUGUCACAACAGUGACACCAACAUCAACAACCAGUACAUCGAGUACAUCUGUUACAGCAACGAAUACAACACAGUCGAAUGCGAAUUCCGGCAUGAAUUACACAGAUGGAGGUGUAUAUAUUGGUCCAGCUCCUGCUGGAAAGACAAAUACGCAAAGCACUUCAUGUCUUAGUCCAUUUCUAGGACCACUGGGAAUUAAUCCGAAGCGAAAUCAGAUGGCUCUUAUCAAAUUAGAAACUGUAUUUUUUACCUACUUAUGGUCAUUGGAUUUAGAGGCUGUUCUAACUUCAAUGUCAUGCUUUCGACUACUUUGUCAAGAAGCAGAACUUUGGAGUAGUGCUGCUGCUUUAGCGACAAUAACCUCAGCUCCAGAUAACGACAUUUUACAGCGUUCUGAUUGUGAAUGUUAUGCAGUUAAUGCGAAUACAUCUUCUGCUCCCAAUUCAUCCGGAACUUCAGAUUGGAUAGAAGGUGCAGCUUUAAAUAAUCUUAGUGUGGCAGCACAUCUUUACCAAGGUGACAUGACUCGCAAAUCUCCUCCAUUUAAUACUGAUCAUAGACUUAUAGUUCCAUCGGUUUCUGUUGAUCAAAGUUCAUCGAGCAGCACACCAUCAGAGACCACAUGUAUACGAUUUCAAAAUUCAUCGUCAUCAUAUGAUGGUGAUAAUCGUCGUUCAAAUUUACCUGGAUCUUGUAUUGCCCUGUGUAACUGUGGGUGUCCACUUUGCACUCCUGUCAAUUACUUGCCAGUGUGUACAAAUAUCGAUGGUAUCCCGACAGCUCCACGAUCUAUUCAAGAUUCUAGCUCACAUUCCAGUUUCAGCACUUCACUCAAUUCCGACAGUAAUCCUACUUUUUGCUCUGAAUAUCCUGAGGACAAUACAACAAACUUUCCUACUCACACAUCUAAUAAAGGUAUAAAUCAAAUUCCACAUACAGCUAUCCCACUGGGUAAAUCUUGUCAAUGGUCGCUACCGGCACAAUGGGCUUUCACUGAUUUCCGGCUUCCAGAUCUUCUACCAGUGUACAAUGUAUACGCUGAAAUAGCUGAACAUAGUCGUUCAAUAGUUACUACAGGUCGUGCUCACCUACAAAAACAAAUUUUAGCCUUAUUGAGGAAAAUUAAUCACCAGACACAAGGAAACAAGCUCGCUUGGGAGCACACCUACAUGAUUUGGCUACGAAGUACAAAAUUUCUCAUCAACUAUCCAAAAUCAAAAGCCUCUGCUCCACCCAGUGGAUCUGACGAUCCAUGUUAUGAUAGUGCUGCUAAUUCUACUAAUAAUAAUUCAGUGAGCGGAUUCUCUUCUGCAUCUCUUGGUAGUUCACCAUCGAUAUCUAGUGGACUGGAUUCUAUAACCAAUUCAGUGGACACCGGUGGAGUCAGUAUGAAUAUAGAUGGAUUCUCUUCUGUAACAGGUUCAUCUGGAAUGAUGCUUACAAUAGCCAAUAAUCCUGGUGGAGUUUCUGCAUCAGGUGGUUCCACUGGAACAAGUCCAUUUACUGCUGGAAGUGCAAUCAGUGGUGGGACAAGUCGGUAUUUGGCUGUAAAACGACGUGUUAGUCAACAAUCACCUGUAAAUGAUCAUGAAAUUGAAGAUGUGUUAAAUGAAUGGGCAAAUAUGACAGGAUUCUUGUGUGCACUGGGGUCUGUCGCACUGAAUAUGCCGCUGCCUCAAGGAUCCACACCAUUCUCUACACAAACAACGUCAUCGGGUUAUUCAUGCGAACAAAGCAAGCUAAAAUCUUUACAAUCCCACUGUCCACAUUAUCACUACUGUUCGCAUCAUUUAUUGGAUCAUGUUCAUCAGCACUUUGAUCCAACAUGUCUAGGAGCAAAUUACUUUCUUCGAUCUCAUCGAGCCAAUUUCAAUAAGAGUACUAGUGAUGUAGACCAAACGGAUGAAUCGCAUAAUCUUAAUAAAUGUCAUACAUUUCAUGGUGCUUGUUUAAGUGAAAUGAAUACUGCAAGACGUUUUUCACUUGUUCAAUCCAGUUUAAAUCAAGACAAUCAAUUCUCACCUGUUGCACAGUUUAUAGGCAAUUUAUUAUUAUUAAUUAGUUGUCAACAUGAAAAAUUUGGUCAUCAAAUACAAAAACAUGUGAAAGAGUCAAUUGGUAAUGAAUUGAAUCCAUUAAUUUAUCCAAUAUUAUUUAAUCAACUACGAAGUCAUGUGGAUGCUUGUUUUUCUGGACAAGGCCAACAACAAGUUGUUGUCACAGAGACAAAUACGCUAUUUAUUGAAAAUGUUAUCUUUAUUAUGCGUAGUAUACUGGAUAAGCGAACAAAAUCUGUUGAUCGAUUAAGUGAUCAUUUAGAAUUAGUUAGUAUUGAAAGUCUUAUGCUAAAUAUUGUUAGGUAUGUUCGUCACCUAGAAUGUGUGCAUUCUCUUCAAAUUAAGAUAAAAGUGUGUCAGUUGGUACAGAAAAUGAUGGCUAGACGUGAAGAUUUAGCAUUUAGACAGGAAAUGAGAUUUCGAAAUAAACUAGUCGAUUAUCUUUGUGAUUGGAUUAUGGGGAGUAGUUAUCAUCUGAAUCUUUCAGUGCAGACAAAUUAUUCAACUGGUAAUUCAUCCAGUAGUAGUAUAACAAUGACAACAGCCUCUUCGGCUACAGCAAGUAAUAAUCUGUCUAACCUGACUACUGCGUGUACAGUCACUUCGACGACCAGUUGUCUUACACCAGAUUUAAAUGAAAGCAUUCCCUUAUCUAAUAUACCAAUGUUAAAUUCAUCGAUGAUAAAUCAGCCUGGUUCAAGUAUACCAAUGAAUCAAAGUCAGCAUAGUCUAAGUGCUAUGGUGGCUGGUUAUAAUCCACAUAUAAUGACACAUCCGAAUAUUAUGUCCAACACUGGAAUUUACGGAGUUAUCACAAAUUCUAGUAGUAGUUAUCAAGGCAAUACGCCUAAUUCAUUUAGUAUUCCUCAUGCUAGCUCAUUUGCUCCAGUGAAUUGUGGAUUAACAAAUACUGUUACCCAAGGACAAUCAGCAGUCAACUCUUCAAAUAGAUUCGAUUUCCCGUAUCCGAAUUGUUCAUGGGAUAGUUCUACACCGAAUUUAGGCGUUGGUAUCGGGUUGAUUGCACAUGGUCAGUUUGCUAACAGUCCAUUCUCACCGUAUUAUAAUGCUACAGAAUUGACUCAUUUGAAUAAUAUCCCACAAGGGAAUAUUUUGGUGAAUAACCGCUCAGUGACUGAUGGAUUAAAUAUUAUGGGACAGAAUCAUCCAUCAAGCAUAGUAGGUAACAAAUCCACCGGAUCAUCUUAUGGCAAUUAUGCCUCAUGUGGGAUUUCCUCCUGUACACCAUCGAAUAUACUACCAUUCAAUUCAGUUGGAGUUCAAAGUAAUAUAUCGAAGAAUGCUGGCAGUACGCAGUCACCUAGUGGAACAUACUCCACACCCUCAUAUACCAGCAGUUUUACUUCAGGAGUGGGCAGUGGAACCUGCGGUAUAUAUCCAUACACAAAUACCAGUUCAAAUUAUACCUCAACAAUUGCCAGUUCUGGAGUUUCAGCUAUAAACAGUGGAACAUGCUUCACUAAUAUGCCAAGCGUUUCUACAACAGCUGGUAUAGUAGCACAAACUGCUGCUCAAACAAGAGAAUUAGAUUUAGCCUGUAUGGAGGCUGUAGCUGCACUAUUACAUGGUAUGCCACUACAACCAGAAGAAAUUGAUCGUGCUGAUUUGAUGGAUGCUAAAUCUCACUUAUUUGCAAAGUAUUUCUCACUUUUCAUGAAUUUGCUAAACGAUGUAGCAGACGAUAGAGAGAAAGGUGCAGAGGUUCGACAGAAUCAUACAGCUCUACGCAAUGUAACAGUUCAAGCUAUGUCAAAUCUUUUAAAUGCUAAUAUUGAAUCUGGUUUAGUGCACGCCAUAGGUUUAGGUUAUCACAGAGAACCACAAAGUCGAGCUGCAUUUAUGGAAGUUUUGACAAAAAUUUUACAACAAGGCACAGAAUUUGAAACUCUUGCUGAAACUGCUCUAGCUGAAAGAUAUGAGCGUUUAGUUGGUUUAGUCACUAUGGUUGGUGAAAAUGGUGAACUGCCCAUAGCUAUGGCUCUUACUCAAGUUGUCUCAUGUAAUAAUAUGGAUGAAUUGGCUCGAGUACUUGUCACAUUGUUUGAUGCUAAACAAUUACUUUAUCAAUUAUUCUUCAAUGUAUUUUCUAAAGAGCUUGAGUCAACUGAUAGUAUGCAGACACUGUUACGUGGAAAUACAAUGACAAGUAAAAUUAUGAAUUAUUGUUUCAAACAAUUUGGCCGAGACUAUUUACAAUCAGUAUUAGGUCCUGUACUUAUGGAGUUGGUUAGACGAGAUGCUGGAAAUUCAAGUGGUUAUAUGCCGCCUGUUCCACUUUCACCAAUGUCAACAACAACAACAACCACAGCAGCAGCAGCAGCAACAACAACAACAACAACGGCGCAUAAUAUUACUAACAACACUGUGAGUAGCACUAAUGUAUCAAGUUAUAAUUGUAAGCAACAAGAGGCAAAGAAGUUGAUAAACGAUAAUAAUGAUAACAAUGACUUAUUGGAUGAUAUAACAAAAUAUCCUCAUACAACGCUGAAUUUAUCCUAUGAAGUUGAUCCUAGACGCUUACAACCGAAUGAAAAUUUAGAAGAUAACCAGAAUAACUUGAUCUUUGCAACUGAAUUACUAUAUAAUAAACUUAUUAAAUCUGUAGACAGCUUCCCAUCAAGGCUGCGUUGUAUGUGCAGAUGUUUAUACAAACUUCUUGGUCAUUUAGCCUAUGGGAAUCAAUCAAAUGAACAAGCGUUGAAUGUUCUAUCAACAAUUGUAUUUUUACGCUUUAUCAAUCCAGCUGUUGUAUCACCGUAUGAAAGUGGUUUACUCGACUUUGAACCACCGAGUCGUGUAAAACGUGGUCUUAUUCUUAUUGGAAAAAUGAUGCAAAAUAUUGCAAAUCAAUUAUUGUUUACUAAAGAACCACAUAUGCGUGUAUUCGACUCAUUUCUACAAAAGCAUUUCGAGUCGUGUAUGCAGUUUUUCAAGGCAAUUGUCGAAGAAUCUACAAAAACUGACAAAUCAAUAAAUCCUGCUACAUUUAACGGUCUAUUAGAUCCUCUAAUAAAUAACACUGGUCAGUUAGUUGUCUCAUCGUCUUGGUUAUCUGGUGCAUAUCCAAAUUCUGUCACUGCAAAUCCUUUGGAGGCUAUUGUACCGCUUACAAGUGAUAAUAUGUCCUCAGUAUCAGGUUGUACGAAUACAGGUGGUGUGGUGGCGGUGGCGGUGGAGGCGGCGGCGGGGGAGGAGGAAGUUGUAUGA